CACGACGCUAGCACUACAAGCGAUUUACUAUCGCCUACACACUACUACGGCGCUACCAGGCAGGUCGUUGAGAGGCAUCCGUUUCUAACUAGAGUGGUCAAGAACAAGCAUACGGACAAGGCAUACUACGAGCAUGUGCCCAGUGUCGAUCUCAGGGAGCACAUAUUCAUUGCGUCCAACAAUGAAAAGGGAACAACGGAAGACGAGAGGACCAGGAUCGAGAAGUUGCUGAUACCUCUAGUCGACCAGCCCCAUGCUGCAGAUCGGCCGCCAUGGAGCGUGACUGUCUUGCCCUUGGGCUGCACAGAAGACGACGCGUCUUUUCAUUGAGUUUUCAUUCUCCCACAUGCUCGGCGACGGCAUAAACAGGCUUACCUUCCACCAGCACCUUCUCGAGGUUGUCCGCGAUGCCUCGGCCGCCUCAGAUUCAUCUGCCAACGUCACGAUCCCGCCCACGACAACGCUAGACGAGCCUUUCGACACGCCCAAGCGCCUGCCGAUAUCCUGGGGCUACCUUCUCGGUCCGCUCUUCGCGGUGCUGCUCCCCAAGUGGCUCGCCAUCCUGCUCGGAGUGCGGGCGUCGACAAGCACGCUCGAGCAAGGGACCUGGAUCGGCCCGCCCGUGUUUGACGACAACAUGGCCAACCCAACGCGGCUGCGCAUCAUCGACAUCCCCGCCGCGCAGGUCGGCGCGGCGCUC